AUGCUGUUUUUACUCUUUCUAUACUGUACUAUCUUAUUAACGACACGUUCUCACGGAGCAGAGCUCUUUGAAUUCGGUGUCGAACAGGGCGAUCAGGUGCUAUCAUUUUCAAAUGACUCAUAUGCUGUAACAUUGGACGUACCAAUAAUAUAUUUUGAAGAGAGUCAGAAUGAAUUAUUUAUCUCUUCGAAAGGUAUUGUAACAUUUGGUAAAGCUGCCGAUGUCACGGAAAUGACUGAUUUGGAUCAAGAAAGAAUCAAUGCAAUUGCAAUAUUUUUUGCACAAAACAGUGCGGGAAAAAUUUUUUAUCGAGCAACUUCAAGUGAUACAAAUUUGCUGAAUGAUUUAACGGAUAAAAUUCGAAAAAACUUUCCCAAUCGGGAAUUAUCCGAUUUCACAGCUUUGCAUGCUGUUGUAAUAACAUGGAGUAAUAUAGAAGGUGAAGAUGCUGAACAAGGCUUAAAUGAAUUUCAGAUGGUUUUAGUAACAGAUGGAAUGAGUUCAUACGUAUUUCUCAUUUACGAUCAAAUAACUUGGACUGGGAAGAAUGGCCAUUAUGCGCAAGCUGGUCUGUACUGCUCCGAUGGUCGACGUGAAACGAUGGUUAACAGUGGGACGCCUAAUAUUAGGGAACUUGUAAACCUAUCAAAUAACCAAAAGGAAGGCACUUACAUUUUCCGAAUAUCAGGUGCUACACCUGAAGAUCCACGAGGAACACUAGUUGAGGAUGAUUACAAUUAUAACGAUUAUGAGCAAGACUAUGACUCUGAUAAUGAACAUAAACGACAACACAAGCUAUUAUCAGAACAUUGUCCAACAGAUCCGUAUCGUGACCAAUGUCCAGUGGAAUGUCACGUACUGACCGAUGAUCGUGGAUGUUCGCUUUGUGUUUGUGCACAACCACCGGACCUUAAUAAAAUAGAGAAGAAAGACGAUGAAAUGGGCAAAGUGGUAGUACCGAGCCAACGUGAAGAAAUUAAUGUAGAACCAGGUGAAUCUACAACAAGAGAGGCAUUACAAGAACAAGAUGUCAGGGACAAAGAGCCAAAGCCAGAUGACGAAGGCGAAGGAGAAUCAAAAUUAAUUAUUCCAACAGACUCGAAAAAUUCGGAAUCAAUUGACGAUAUUGAAGGCAUUGCAUUAAGCUGUGCUAUUGCCAGUAAAAAAGUGCAACCGUGUAAUUUGCACGCCAAAUGCAAUGACUACAAUCCAGGUUACUGUUGUGAAUGUCUGCCGGGCUAUUACGGUAAUGGCGAAGAAUGUUUGAAAGACGGGGAACCACAAAGAAUCAAUGGUGGCUUUGAGGGUGUGAUAAAUGGUAAAGAAAUGGAUCGAACUGAGUUACACACUUAUGUGAUGGUGGAAGAAGGUCGAAGUUAUACAGCACUUUCACAAAUACCGCCAGAGAUUGGAAGAUCAUUACUAUUAUUGAAUGCGAUUGGUAGUGCUAUGGGAUGGUUGUUUGCUAAGGUGGUGUCAUCGACGUCUUAUAACGGAUUUAUGCUUACAGGUGGACUUUUUAAUCGUACUGUAAACGUUCAUAUUGGAGAUCGAUAUAUGGUAACAAUCAAGCAACAGUUUUCUGGCCGUGACAUUUAUCAUUACUUCAAAGCACAUAUGUUUAUAUCAGGGACGUUGCCUACUUUGAUGGAAGGUGCAGAGGUAAUUUAUUCAGAUCAUGACGAAGAAUACAGGCGUGAAGGACCUGGAUUUUUGCGAUCAUACUCAUCCCAGAUGGUAACGAUCAAAGAAAAUGGUGUGGAAACACAAAUGAAGCUAUCGACUGACCAACAGAUACACUAUAAAGAAUGUCCAUUUAGAGAGUUUACGAAAGAUCCAGUGGUCGUAAUUCACGUUAGUCGGAUUCAUGUUGUUUACGAUGUUGAAGAGCACAUCGUACGUUAUGCAUCAGCAAAUAUGGCAACAAAACGAGACUCUAAUAUCAUGAUAGCUCCAUCCGGUACAGAUCAUCACCAAUUACUUCAUACUAAUCAACAAUCAUUACAACAGCAGCAACAACAACAGUACCGUAAUCAAGAAUAUCAUCUGCAGAAGGAAAAUGUAGAGAAUCAGAGACCACCAUGCACUAAUUGUCUACAAAAUGCGUGUGAAAAUGGUCGACACUUAUGUAAAUCGCCAAAUAUGAUUUGUGCCCCGGUGGAACGUUCGUACCGUUGUGAAUGUGUAAAAGGAUAUCAAGCUGAGUACGACAACGACACAGAGCUUGGCUGGAAAUGUAUUGAUAUGAACGAAUGUGAACGAGGAGAGCAUAAAUGUAAUCGUAAUGCCAUCUGUAUCAAUUUGGAAGGUACAUUUGAGUGUCGCUGUAAUGAUGGAUACGAAGGAGAUGGACAUCAUUGCCGAAAAGUCGGAGUUGAUGGUGAACUUGAAAAUAAAAGACCAUUGACUGGAAGCGGUUGUCUCGAUCAUCGCGAUUGCCAUCAGUGGGGAGAAUGCAUUUUCGGGCGGAAUGGGGAACUAGGCUACUGUAAAUGUCGUGGCUGGUAUACAGGUGAUGGUGUGCAUCAUUGUGGACCACCGACAGAGACAGAAGUCAAGCAGGUAGUGAUUGAAGAUUCUAAUCGAGAACAAGCGGGACAAACAUGCGGAGAAUAUAUGUGUGACGUAAAUGCAUACUGUGACUCAUCAUCAGGAAGCGAGCAAUGUGAGUGUCAGAAAGGCUAUCACGGUAAUGGAAUCAGUUGUGUCCCUCAUUUUAGUGACCAGAAAAAACAGAACGGUACAGGAGAUUCUGGCGAUAUUAGUGUUGGCAUCGGCAAGAUUUGCCGUUCACAUGACGAAUGCGGGAAACACGGUAACUGCGUGUACAACAAUGAACUUGCCGUCUACCGUUGUAUUUGCGUACCACCGUAUUUUAGUGAUGGAAUGAAUUGUGUAGAAUCAAAAGGAGGAAACAAUUCUAGCAAUGAAUUUCUAGAAGGAGUAUCUUGCAAUGUGAUUAAUAAUUGUAAUACCAAUGCUGAUUGCAUUUUUGAAAAGAAUGAUCGUGACGAAAGUGUAUAUCGUUGUCGCUGUCGUCCAGGAUUCUCGGGAGAUGGUCAUCGAUGCACUAUGACCUCACUGGAUAAUCUUCCUGCAUAUGCUGUGUUAGGAUGUGAUCAGUUGGGUAAUUGUGACCUGAAUGCGGUGUGUGUACUGGAUGCAUAUACCGGUCGUCAUUAUUGUCGGUGCUUGGAUGGUUUUGAUGGUGACGGAUACAUGUGUGAGACUGUGCGACAAAAUACCCUUUUGCCAUCUUUGCUUCCUGAACCAGCGGAUGCUAAAACUUGCCGCGAAGCAAGUGAUUGUCAUCAAAAUGCGCACUGUGUGGUUCGUGAAAACUCAUUGGAUUAUUUUUGCGAAUGUUUACCUGGCUAUCGAGGUGAUGGUGUCACUCGAUGUACUGCUGCAGAUGAUUGCACACCUGGUGAUGAACAUGCAUGUCACAAGAAUGCUGUUUGUGUGUUUGGAGAAGUUGAGAGAACGUACACCUGCAAAUGUGCGCAAGGUUUUGUUGAUGAUGGACGACAGUGUGUAGCACGACAUUCAGCAGAAUGCAAUGAACAACCGGGAAUUUGCCAUAAAAAUGCGCAAUGUGUAUAUAGCAGAGAUGAAGGACGACACAAGUGUAUUUGCAAAGAUGGCACCACUGGCGACGGAUAUGAAAAUUGCCGUGAAGAAGUCAAAAUGCACCGUUGUGGUGAAUGCUCAUCACAUGCACGAUGUAUGCACGAUGAAGCAGAUGAUUCAUGGAGAUGUCGUUGCAUGCAAGGAUAUAUAGGCAAUGGACAUUUGUGCACAUUAUACACUAAUUGCUUGGACGAUCGGUCAUUAUGUGACGAGCAUGCAGAAUGCGUACCAAACGAAUAUGGUCAUUACAUCUGCAACUGUCACUACGGAUAUCAUGGGAAUGGCCGAACUUGCACACCAGACAGUGAAAGUCGUGAAGAAGCCAUAUUUAUUUGUCGCGGCAUGACAAUAAUCGAGAGAAGUGUCAACCCUGAUUUACCGGGGAAACAGCUUAUAGUAGUACCACAUCAGAUAGCAGUUGGUAUUGAUUUUGAUUGUCAGGAAGAACGGAUCGUCUGGAGCGACAUUGCUGGUCAUUCGAUCUUAUCGGCAUCGAUAAAUGGAACGAAUGAACAAAAAUUUAUGGAUACAGUGUUGAAAAGUCCGGAAGGUAUCGCUAUUGAUUGGUCUUCACGUAAUGUUUAUUACGCAGAUUCGGUUAAAGAUGAAAUUGGUGUGGCCAGUCUUGAUGGGAAAUACUACAAAACGCUUAUCAAUGAAGGAUUAGUGAAUCCACGUGCGUUAGCCAUCGACCUCACUGACAGGUAUUUGUACUAUUCUGAUUGGCAUCGUGAAAACCCGGUGAUUGGACGCGUACGUCUGGAUGGUACCGAGAAUUCUGCUUUCAUAUCUACAGAAGUGAAUCUACCUAACGGUCUUACCGUACUUCUGGAACGACGUGAACUGUGCUGGGUAGAUGCCGGCUUACAACAGUUAUCUUGUAUUGGCUUAAAUGGACAAAAUCGUCGGGUCGUUUAUGCGCCACUCCAGUAUCCAUUCGGAUUAACUGUCCAUAACGAACAGCGUUUCUACUGGACCGAUUGGAGCGACAACAAAAUUCAUUCGGUAUCGGUAAAUGGCGAUGGAUAUAUAUCGUUUCCAGCAACAACCGGUGGUUCUGGACGACUGUAUGGUCUUGUUUCUGUGCCGUUGCGAUGCAAAGGAGUUGCCACAGCUUGUGCAGUGAAUAAUGGUGGAUGCGAACAUUUGUGUCUACCAGGGAAGAUAGAUGUAACUUGUGCUUGUCCGGAUAAUAUCGAUAGGUGCUGA